GUGAGGCUCGACGCCACUGAAGCCUUUGUGUUGGCUGUUCAUUAACUGAGAACAAUCGAGGGUUUAUAAAGGGUGCCAUCUCAUCUUUUAGCCUCACUCUGCAACUGCAUUUUGGCUUGUGACACUCAGCGGUAUAGGAAGACACCUUGUAAACAGCAUGGCAUUCGUUCGGGCCUUGUGCUUCGUCCUGUUGGUGGGUUUUGCUGCGGCAUUGCAACCAUACUGCUCGUCGUGCCCACCGAAGUGUCCACCGAUGUGGACCUUCUACAACGGCAACUGUUACCGUUAUUUCGGCACCGCCAAUACCUACGCUGCAGCUGAGAGCCACUGCCAGGAGUUCACUCAGGCCGGCCAUUAUGGUCACCUGACGUCCGUAGCCAGCUUUCAGGAGAAUACUUUUAUCCACAGGAUGUGGAAGUCGCUCCGAAAAACAUUUACGGGCGGCCUGUGGAUAGGCUUCACUGACCAGGCAGAGGAGGGGAAGUUCAUCUGGACAGAUGGAUCCGAGGUCACCUACGACGAUUGGCUACCUUUUCAACCCGGCGAUUUCGGUCAUCAUACGGACUGUACUCACAUGUGGCACAAUGGCGAAUGGCUUGACAAUGUAUGCCACAUCAAGUACUCAUACAUGUGCACGAUGUCCACUUGAAAGUAAAUCGACCCCACAUAUUUGCCACAUCAAACCUGAAGCCCUCACAAUCGAUAUACCAAGUCGAUUGCCUUGGCGAUGAUCGCUAAACAGUCUCACCAAACGGACACUCACAACGGCAUCACUACAAAACUGAAUGGUUUAAUUUCGGUGUACGGACUGCUGUCCGGCUACACUGUGAAAAAAAAAUUGUUUACGUAACCCACGUCUCACCAUCUUUGCCUUCAACAUUUACGAACCUGCAUGCUUUCGAGUUAAAAUAUUAGUAUUUAGCCUUUGCUCAUUUUAGGUGUCCAGAUUAAUAUUGAGAAGUAUGGACGAAGACCAUACACAUCGGUGAACUAAUCAGCUGUUGUACUUAAAGGUAGGGUAAAUCAAUUUAAGUCAACUGUGCAGCACUUUUUUUCGUUUGAAACAAUGAUGUGCUCACCUUUUUCAACUAACCCAAUGAAGUUUUAGCUUUGUGAAUGAUGUAUGUAGAGAAAGCAAUAUGAUCUGGGUUCAUUCAAAUGUUGGAGCGUUAUGUUUUGAAUUGGCCUGGAAUUAGCAUCUAGAAUACGUUCUCAUCAACUCUGCAUGCUUAGCUGACGAAUAAUUGCAACAGCGCGCGCGUGUACGUCGUGUCAACGCUUGCGCACACCCUUUCACGGAUUCGCCAAAUUUUUACAAAAAUGCGUCUUUAGACAUUAGCUUCUUUUAUUGUUUUCUUUAAUUGAUAGCAUGCCAGAAAUGCCAUUACUAUCUUAAAACCAAGUAGGAGGCUUUUCAACAUUAAUUUCGUCAUACGCGUCAGUUACCUUUUGGAUAGCUGCAAAUGAUCUACUCUGCCUUUAAACCAAUACAUUAUCUCCAUAAAGCAAGGAACCAACGAACUGUGAUGUGUCUUUGAACUACAACGCACAAAGAAUCGUUCAAUUAAAACCAGAAAUUUUCACAUUACAGGCUCAAACAGAAAUAGCAAGCUUGACUUUACUGGACACCUUAUUUUAAUUUUUAAUUUAUUUACUUUCGAAUUAUAUAUUUGCUGUUGAAUGUUCCAUUUCUUCUUAAUUUCUUGUGGAAAUUAUCUCCAGAAUAUUUUUUGUCCGUUUCUAUUACAUUUCUUGUUAAUGUUGAUGAGUAAAAGAAAUCACAAGCUGAGAUGUUGAUGGACUAAUGAAAAGCUAAUAGCUUAAUACUAGAAUAUAACAAAUGCGGUUAAUUUUACGUGACAUAGAAUAAACUAAGGUUAAUCUUUUGAAACGAGAUUCAAAACAAUUGAAGUUAUUUUACGGGGCCUAACGUUCCCACCGACAAAUUAUCACACGAUGACAGAAAGUGUCAAAUUGUUUUCUUGAAAUUGAAAAUGUUACAUUUUGCUUUUAUCGUUAUGCUCAACUGCAGUCUCUCAAAACAGUUUACAUUUUUUUCUUCAUUUAUUUGUAUUGCUGUUACUUUAUUGUAAUGUCUUGUUAAUUUAUAUAUUUUUGUUUUGUUUAAUUUUUCUUUUUAAUCUUGCAUGAUAGAUCUUUUGUUUACUCCUUAAUUAUCGCAGAUUUAAAAUGUCGCAUGAAACAU